CUCAAACGAGGCGAAUGUUGAGAAGGCUGAUCAUCACUACAGGUCUCUCCUUGACGCGUUCCUUGCCCCUCGCGAAGCCUGUGCCCUUGCCCUUCCUCAGACGUCUCCCUCAGCUGUCAUUCUCCUUCAUGGUGGCCUCUCGCCGGGCGUCCCGCACCUCCAAGCCGAUCCAGGAGGAGCCUUCUGCCGCGGCCUCCCCGAGCAAUAAGCGGAAACUGAAGCAAGGAGCCGAGGAGGCAGAGGCUGCUGACACCAAGGCUGCCACUGGGGCAGCAAAGAAGCCAAAGGGGCGGGCCAGCAAGGCUCAAAAGGAGGAGGAGCCGGAGCCAGCAAAAGCGGUGGAGGAUGACGGUGCCGCUACAGAGGCCACCGCAGGGCCUUCUGCUCCUUCUGCACCCAAGAAGUCGCGUCGGAAGGCUACGGCAGGAGGUGAACCCGACUCGCCAGCUGCUCCGAGCGGCAAUGACAUCUUUGCCUUCGAAGGCUGCCCAAAGACAGUGGACAUCCCCAAUCCUCUCUCCUUUACAGACUCUCCUCGCCCUUCGACCUCGUUCCGCAUAGCAAGCUGGAACAUUGUCUCGCUCAAGUCAGCAGAGCCCAAGGGCUUGACCAGAUACCUCGAGGCCGAAGACGCGGAUCUUGUCGUUCUGACCGAGACAAAGGUGAACGAGGUCCCCUCCUUCUUCCAGUCCUCUCGCUACCCACACCAGACCUGGGGCAUCGGAAGCACAAAGUCCUAUGCUGGCAUUGCCAUUCUGUCCAAGAUCGAACCGCUAUCCGUCCAAAAAGGUCUACCAGAGCUGGCAGACUACGACUCAAAGGGAAGGUGUAUCACGGUAGAGUUCGAAGGGUGCUAUGUCGUGGGGACCUAUUGCGUCAAUGCUGGUGAGGGACUCAAGACGAUGGAGGCCAAGAAGAAGUGGAACCACGCCCUCUCUGCCCACCUUGCCAAGCUCGAUGAGAAGAAGCCGGUGAUAUGGACCGGCGACCUGAAUGUGGUCAUCGAUGAGCGGGAUCUUGCAAAGGCCAGCGCCAAGUGGAACAAAUCUCCAGGGUAUACUCAGAUUGAGUGCGAUCAACAUAGGGCCUUCUUGGAGGGCAGCUUUCUGGAGGGAGCCAAGCCUUUCAAGGACGUUUGGAGGGAGAAGCACCCCGAUGCUGUCGGUCACUUUACCUUCUAUGGGUGGAGGGGACAAUGCAGAAUCAAGGGUAUUGGCUGGAGACUCGACUCUUUCAUUGUGUCCGAACGAGCACAAGAGCACUGCACCAAGUGCGAGAUCCGACAUGAAGUCUACGGUGCCAGUGAUCACGUACCCAUCUUUGCAGACUUUGAUGCCAAGCUCUUCCAGGCCAGCUCAUAGCGUUGCAGUGGCAAUGUAGACGACAGUGCAGGGUCUUCCGGAGGUAAAGGCCCAAUUGAGGAAAGGGACGGACAGCAUUGCUCUAUAUCUACUUUUGCACACCACCCGCUCAUCGGCAAUCACGUAUCAUCUUUUGCAACCUUUGACAACUUCAUGUAGAAUAAGAAAGGGACGCGUAUCUUGCGUGAGGUAUAGACAGAUGUAUCCACUACUUUUUUCCAAUUCCCUUGAACCAUUUG